UUGUGACUCAAUGAUCAGGUCGUCACUCGUCGGGUCGCUCCUGCUAGCAGACGGUGCCCGCCGAAAGAGUCACCGCCCGUCAAGCCAAGGCUCCCCGAGGCUUCCCCCAGGCUCCCUGAAGCUCCAGCCGCUCGCCAUCGUCGCCUCAGCCCAGCGCCACCACGAGCUGUCUGCCUUCAUCUGGCCCAUGGCCUAUCGCCUUCAUAAAUGGUGAACCCAUCCAUCGUCCGGCCCGGCGUCCCGCCAAUACCACUCCCACCAGACACACUGCCACUGCUCCUCUGCCACGAUGACCACGCCGCAAGUGCCAUAUCGCCAGAUCCGCGCCCUCUACGACGACGACACCGUCACGGUAUACCAAGCGUACAAGCGCUCCAUCGCCGACGCUGCUGUCAAGGAGCAGAGGCUCAAUGCCUCGCCCGACUUUCGCCCUGGCCGCAUGACCUGGAUCAAGCCCAGCUGGGCAUGGAUGAUGUAUCGUGCCGGGUACUCCUUCAAGGACCCCCGACAGGAGCGCAUUCUGGCCCUCAAGAUGAAACACCACCACUUCCUUGCCCUGCUGGAGCGCGGCGUUCUGUCCACCCACAAGCCCGCCGCCGGAGAGCCGCAAGACACGGCUCGUGACCGGACCACCGAGGUCAGGAUCCAGUGGGAUCCCGAGCGCACGCCCAAGCUAGACGUCCUUCCCUACCGCAGUAUACAGAUUGGCGUCCCGGGCUCACUCAGCACCACAUGGGCCGCCGAGUGGGUCGAUUCCAUUCAAGACGUGACGGAAACAGCGAGGCGCCUGAAGGAGACUAUCGACCAGCGCCCCGACAUUAGCACAGAGGAGCUUGUCCAGCUCGGGCUCGUCCCUGAAGAGCGCCCGCUUGCAGUCUCUCGCGAGCUGGCAGUCAUACUGCGCAUGGACGUUGCGACCACCUCAGAUGGAUCCCAAGACUAGCAUUAUCCAGCUGUCACUCGAUCACGGCGUUGACGCACGACUUCUCCGUCGGCUACACUGAUUUUGAGCCGAUAAAAGAGCCUCGAGUACUUUGUAUCAAGCUCAAAUGUAGCCACCAGUCGGCGUCCGUGGCUCAAGACGAAAUGCUCGCGGCCCUGCCUCGAGGCCUUGUCCAUGACAUGCUUGAAACUCGAGUCGACAACGCUUCGCCGCGAUUCAAACGCGCACCAAGGCACAAAAUACAGUGCCUGUGUGUUGAACGGGUUCGGCUCCGUCGGCUCGAGCCCUGCGACAAGACAGCACCCGUCGUCAUCCGCCGAAGCCGUGCUGAUGUCCAGCUCCAAGACACCGAAUACGACGGGUGCUACGAGGUGGUCGACGUCGGGCACGGAGACAAGGUUGAAGUUGAUUUCAUAGAGCUCGUUCGAGUUGGGCAACGUCGGGCUGGCAAAGUACUGCCAGGUCGGAGACCGAGAUGUCACCUCCACUGUUACUUGAUCGGGCAUGUUGCCCGUGUGGUGCACUUGAGGGUCGAAUAGUAUACCGCUCGGGGGAAGGGCCGCCGUACAUUUGUGAGGGAUAGAUAUUUGCUGUGCUUUAGGCUCUGCCACGGCCGCACUCUGGUCGCCAGGGCCGAGACCCAUUUUGAGAGAAAUCUCGUCGGGCAAGACAAUGACAUUCAUCAUGGAGAGUGCCAGGAUGUCAG